AUGACGAUUCCCAACCGCGACCUACACCUGACCAACAUCGGCAAUCUGGCCCAGGCACUCUUGACGACCGCGGCCAACCUGAACAUGGAGGUCGACCACUUAACCCGGCAGCCGCCGACCGGCGACGGACAGACGGGAUCGGAGGACUGGCAACAGCAACGCACGGAAAUGGAGACGGAACUGGCCCGCUUGCGAGAGACGAAUGCACAUCAACGCACACAGCUAGCGGACUACCAUCGUGUAUACAACGAAAACAAGGCCAGUCACGAGUUAUUGGAGUCGCGCGUCCAAGAACUCCUGAAGAGAUGGUCCAACGACGUAGCCAACCGAGACCAACAACUUCGCAUCCGAUCCGUACACCGGUUCUGGAACUGGCUGGGAAAGACAUGUGCCAUGGUGAACCCCAAGAGCGUGACCGUCUUGUGUGAAGCGUACAGCGUCCUGUUGAGGGAGGGAGCCCCGACUGCACCCCAAACGAAUGACAUCGUCAAAAUUCCUCCGUUCACCGCCAAGGCUUCUGCACCCGUUUACGUACUAAUCAAGUAUCAGGCAUUGCCAAGUACCAACGAGAUUGAAGGACGAGCCAUAGGCGCCGGCGCAGUCACGGCCCUUGACACCGCAGCCAUCACGCCCGAACGGGAAAAGUGCGGCCGAACGGGAAGUGUCUUCAAGCGGCGCCGGCGACGACGGACGCCCCUCGAAGAGAGCAAAAUCCACCCCCGUAUCUCCGAAACUUAA